AUUUAAUCAAGGGAAAGAGAGAAAAGCGCUAGGUCCUUAAGAGCAUACUGAAAUAUCGAUACAUGUAUAAAACGACACCAGAUAUGCUACGAAGGAUUUUACAUGCUGCAUUGGUAAUGCCUUUUACAGCAGGACUAGUGACUAAGCGGGAAAAUGGCGGAUUCUCGGUUCAUGAUGCAAGUAUAUCCGGACUUGUCUUAUUAACGACCCUAGUUAUAGCGGUUCUUGAAGUGAUGUUGAUAUUUCCAACCAAACAUUCUAGAUGGUUAAUUGUUGGAGUGCUCUCUCUUGCCAUAUGUUUCUUGAUCGCUUGUAGCUUACUAGUUCACUUAAAAAGCGAUUGGAAGGUUUUUCAUAGACGACAAGUUACACACAAACUGAAAUUAGCGUUUCUGUGGCUCUUUUGUUUCGGAAAUAUCGUAUCACAGGCAAUGAAAUUAUCUCUUCAUAUUCAAUGUAAUAUACGUGAGUCGUUAUCACAGAAAGCAUUCUACUAUAUAAUAACUUGGCUCUUCGAUCUAGGACAAACCAUAUUCAUUGUUUAUUUCUCACGAUUCCGAUUUGCAAAUAUUAAAUGUUUCUAUUAUAUACUGAUGUUUUUGUUUGUUGCAAAUAUCUCUUUGUGGACACAUAAAAAUGUAGACUUGUACUUUGAGGAGAAAAAUGACAUUCUAAAUAAAUCUGGACACCUAUGUAACAACGCAACGACUCUGUACAAAGCAGAACAGAUACUUAAACCAUUCCUGGAUCCAGUUUUGCUAGAAUAUUGUCUGUUAAGUUUGAUAUUCAUCUCUCACAUGUGGCCAAAGCAUAAAGUGCCACUUGACACAAUUAAUUUAUUAGAUUCUGCCUCAUUUUCUCAGGAAAAUGGAGAACAUUUCCAACUUUUAUCGGGACAUAUAACAGUUCGUAACAGGCAUAUGAAUAGGAAGUCGAAGUGCAUAGUCGGACUUGGUAUAUUGUUUUGUUUAUCCUUCAUCAUAAUUCAGUGUGUUUUAAUGUACAUUCCACAGUAUAAUCAAGCUGGUGGUCCGAAUACAUACUAUCUUGUCGGAAACAUUUUGCGGAUACCACUAACAAUCAAGUGUUUUCAUGCAUUAGCUGGAGAACUACAACCAAAGGAAAGGCCACGGAAAAUAAUCAACAUUCAACAUUUUAUAAUCCUUUCAACAUCUCUUGCUACGUGUGGUUAUUACAUUCUGGAAAGUCUCAGCAGCCGUAAUCGGCCGCAGUUUCACGACAUCAGAAUUCAUCUGAAUACCGUUGUUAGAGUUAUUGUCACUAUUUUACAGACCACUUUUAUCCUACAGAUGAAGCAAUAUCGGAAGUUCAGUAGUUCUAAUUCUGUAUUAUCCAUCAGAAACAUUUUUCUUGUGAUGUGUUUUGUCAAUUUCAACACUUGGUUUUCGUAUACAUUUAUUUCUGUACCUUACCAUGCUUACAAUACUCAACCAGUUUUUAACAGUAAUACUUGGCUGAAAUUUAAGCAUUUCUGGGUUCCGUUUGUUAUGUUCUAUCAUUUUGAAUGCUUUAUAAUGUUUUAUCAGUUUUAUAAAGAAUGAUAUUAAACGAUUAUUAGUGAAAUUUUAAUGUAUAACCUUCAGGCUUAGAUAACCUUAUACGUUAUACAUUGUGUAUCCACACUAAAAACAUACUAUUUAUUAUUGUCAAGAAAAUAUAUUGAGAUUAAUUUUAAGUAUUGUCAUGUUUAAAUUGGAAUUAACGAGGCUGAAUAAUCAUGCAAUGGUGAGUCUAGCAAUCCAAUCAGAUGAUGUUUGAGAAGGAAAAAAAAGUAUAUAAAAUAAUUGAUGCGCGUGUUAUUCAGUAUGUACCACAUAUUUUACGUUAUUUCUUUAUAGACAGAAAAAAUAUUACAGUCAUUCCUUAAUGAAAACAAGACGCUUAUUCACCACCAAAGCUCUUCAUUUUUACUUUAGAAUAGUAAUCACCGAGUUGAUGUCGUUUAUUCAUUUUUAUUUUGUGCAAUGAGUGUUAGGAUCAAAACCUCAUGCAUGUAAGUGUACAUUUAUCAUACUGGAGCAUCUUAUCAAUUCUUUCUUUACUUGUAGACGAUGUAUCGUUGCUUCUUCGUGUUCCGAUUGAUUCGUUGUAAACGUGUUCAUAGUAAUGUCUAAAAUUUCGGUGAAGGUAAUAAUAUUAUUUUUAUAUCGAAAAUGUCUACAAAAGGGAAACAACUAUAACAAACUGUUCCAA